AUGAAAUUUUUACUACAUGAAUCAAUUUUUAUUAUAUUAUUAAUAUCCUCAACUAUAUGUAAAAAACUAACUCUGCAAAAGCUUGAGCGUCUUACUGGUAUAACCUAUUAUAUAGCUGAUUUAACGAGGGUAUAUGUAUGCAAUGAUUAUUUAUUUUAUAAUGAAACAAAAGCAUUAUUAUAUCAAGAUAAAAUAUACGAUGAUUAUAAAAAAAUUAAAAGCAAAUUUAUACCAGAUGGAGGAAUUAAAGAUAAAAUAAAAACUAUGAAAAAUAAAUAUAUAAUUGGAGAAAAUAAAGGAGGACGUUUUUAUGAAAUAAAUCCUUUUACAGAAUUAUGUAAAAAAAACAUAUGGGGUGUUUGUGUUGAUUGUUAUUAUAAAAUCUCUAAUUCAGAACUUAGAAAAAGAUUGUUGGAAGAAAUAAACUUUUAUAGAAAACUACAUGGUGUACCCUCUGUUUCUUAUCAUUCAAAAUAUAAUAAUUAUGCUAAAGAAGAAGCAAAAAAAUUUUUAAAGACUAAUAAAAGUUCUAGUUGUGUUCAUCAAACUAAAUUUGGUUGCGUUUAUUUGCCAGUGCCAGAUAUUUUUGUUCAAUUUACAAUCAAUUCAAUAUAUGAAAAAUUAUUGGCUUAUUAUGACUGGAAAAAGAAUGCCUAUAAAUCUAAAUUAGAAUCAGCAAUACAGUUAAUUUGGAAAAAAGCAAGAUAUAUUGGAAUUAGUUUUGCACAAGAAGAUUACUUUGUUUUUAUAUUUUUAACAUUUUCAUCUAAAGUUAAAAAUGAUAAAAACUACAAAAAAAACGUUCGUCCAAUUAUGAGUAAAUAUAUUAAGCAAUAUGGAACUUUACCAAAAACAAUUCAAUUUGGAAUGAAGUUAUGA